AUGGCUUUCCGUGUAUCAGGUGUUAUCAGGUGGGCGUCAUUUUCUCCAACACAUGCAGUCUCCAAGAGAGUUGAAGUACUAAAAGGGUAUCUUGGAGUGUAUGCUGGUGAUGAGAUGAGGCGGUUCAUGAUUCUAAAUGCAACAAUAGGAUGGCCCCAUAUUCCAAUUGAUCCCAACUGUUUGCAGCCUGAGACUGAUGAGACCAAGAACUUAUGGCUCCGUCCUACAGGACUUUAUAGCUCUGGAACAACGUUGAUAAGAAGAGAACCAACAUUGGAUGCAUGUCCUUAUCAUGAGGCAUUAUGA